AUGUAUGGCCCCAUCAGUCAACUGGUUCUUGGUUUGAAUCCGGAUGCCUAUCCAAGUCCGGAUGCACUCAUGCAGAUUUUUGUAUCGACUAUAAAGGAGAAAACAUUCAUCCUCCAAGUGAAGGGGUCUGAUACCAUUAAAAAAGUCAAGACCAUGAUCCAUGAUCAGGGUGGCUUACCAGUGGACAAACUGAAUCUUAACUUUCUUGGCACCACGCUUGAAAACAGACACACCGUAGCUUACUACAACAUCAAGCCGGACUCCAAUCUUGUCAUUGUGCAGCGUGGUUGCAUCUGCUAA